CAGUCUCUGCGAAACCUUCGUAGCUCGGUAAUAUUGAAUAUUUAAUAAUGUUUAAUUGAUAAACCACCAGAGGCUCCCGUCUGGUGAGCUGCCAAGAUGGUAUACUACGUUCGUUUCUUGAAGCCCCCCAAGACGGAGAAGUCCAGUCGCUCCUCGUUAUCAGUUUCCGCCCUGAUAUGCGUCACGACAGACCUGGGGGAUUCCUUCCUGCCAGACGAUGUAGAGUUAAGAGUGACAUUGACCAACCAUAACUCCAAUGUUCCCUUAUUAGGGAAAUCGAUCUCAUGGCAGGCUGGCAGUCGACAGCUUUGGGUAUCUCUGGGGCCCUUUGACCGAAAUAUCUGCAAUAAUCAACCUGUGGUCCUAGGCAUCGGCGCCGUUGAUUCAGGACAGUGUCAACGGGACCAGAUGUCGCACGAGUCCACGGUGCCAUUGGUCAUAUCAGGAUGGAGUACUCCGUUCGGAGGACCCAAAGAUCUUCAAACAGAGAGACUGGUCGAGAGACGCUUCCAUCUGCAGGGGAAACAUAAUUUAAGUAUCUGGGAAGAGACGGGCAAUAGCAUCGCGAGACAUAUUUGGGAUGCCGCUCUGGCGUCGAUUAUCUACCUCCAGCGGGCCAUUGAAGGCCAAGCUGGACGGAUGCCUUCUCUUGAACAACGCCUCCGCAAAACGCGCAGUCCGCUGCGGGUGGUCGAGCUGGGAUCCGGCUGUGGAAUUGUCGGGAUCGCACUGGCAGAGCUAUUGCCUGAAUGUUCAGUGAUGCUCACCGACUUGGCUGAGGUGAACGACAUUGUAACGCGCAAUAUGGCAGUUGCGCAGCUCGCCCCUAAAUCAGCACUUGCUUUCCAGACCUUGGACUGGGACGAGCAGCCUCCUGAUGAGCUGAGGAACGCGGGGAUUGACUUCAUCCUGGUUUCAGACUGCACGUAUAACGCAGAUAGCUUACCUUCAUUGGUUCACGUGCUGGAUGCUCUGGUUCAGACAUCUCCUGAAGCCCUUGUGCUUGUGGCUUUGAAGAGACGACACGACAGUGAAGCCAUUUUCUUUGAUCUAAUGCAAGGUGCCGGAUUUGCGACCUUGGACCAUGACAAGAUCGCGUUGCCAUCAUUCGGUUUCGGGGAAGAUGGGCACGUCGACAACAUUGAACUCCACUGCUACGGGCGGAACCACGAAUAAACUCCGCAUUGGAGACCAACUAUUGCGGAAAUUCCGCGUGCUCGAAAUAAUAACGACACGGGUCCUUUUUCUAUCCCGCGGCUCUUGAGGGCAAGAUCCGCGGGGUUGACUCGCCCGUUCCGGGUAGAUGUGGAAACAAGAAGAGGUGUGUCAUCGGGGGAAAACGCGAGCC